CCAGGACUCACUUCAUCCCUUGUCACCCUCAAGAUCCUACAACUGUAGUUGAUUCGCCCUUCAUAAAUCUAAAAGCGUUGCGAUCGAUUUGUCUCCUCUCCGUCCCUUGUCCGAACAAACUCCCUUUGACAUCACCUCCACCAGAUAGAUCACUCCAGUCAGGAUGAAACAGAGCAAAAAGUCGGGCAAGGCGCCACCCUCUGCGCAAACCCUGUCCCUAAUCGCCAAGUUCCUUGAGGAUCAUGAUCUGGACGCUACGGGGAAGACUUUUGCCAAAGAGCUCAAGAAGUUGCAACGAUCGGCCGGGCCUCCUACUGCAGACCUCGUGUCUAAGGGAGUCAAACUAGAAGACAUCGUUGAGACAUACAACGACAGCGGAUAUGGUACCCCAGGCAGCCAAGACAACCAGAAAAAGGCCAAAUUGCCUUCUAAAAGAGCUGGGAAGAACAAAACACCCAGUAGCGGCAGCUCUGGCUCAAGCAAUAGCGAUUCAACUACUUCAUCUAGCAGUGAGGACGACUCUUCGUCCGACGAGUCUGAAGCAGAGAUAGCACGCCAAGGAGAGAUGAAGUCGCAGCAAAUCAAGAGGUCGACUCGAGCAUCAUCCUCAUCCUCCUCAUCCUCCUCCUCUAGUUCGUCUUCCUCGUCCGCCUCGGCUUCAUCAAGUGACAGCGACGCUGAUGACGAGGAUGAGGCUUUCCCUGAAGCCAAGCCCAAGGUUGGAUCGACCAAGACCUCGCGCAGCACCAGCUUGUCCUCAAAUGCGGUAAAGAAAAGUCUGAAGCGAAAAGCGGACUCUAGUUCUUCCGAGUUAUCCACCUCUGACUCUGACUCUGACUCUGACUCAUAUGACGAUAAUCACACGGCAAAAAGGAUCAAGAGGGAACAGUCUGCAUCAUCCUCAGACGACUCGUCAUCAAGCGAGGAUACUUCUUCCGCUUCCGAUUCUGCAUCCGCCGCAUCCGUUGCUUCUGGGGACAGCAGCGAAGAAUCAAGCGACAGUGAUGUAUCUUCAGCGGAUGAAGAUAAAGACCAUAUCAUAAAGCCUGCCUCUAACAGUUCAAGUGCCAAUAGUUCUGAUGAUCGCUCUGACUCCUCUGGUACUGUGCAAGGGGACAACGUCAAGGUUGAAGUCACCACGGUUGAGUCCAAGGUCCUCCUAGCCGAUGGUCGCACUGUCCAAACGAAGACCUCAGCCACAGCGACCAGGAAGCACACUGGGGCUAAGCCAACACCUCUGGCAGAGCUAUCGGCGUUAGCAACAGAAGGCAGCCAUAUCAGCAAUGCCUAUCAAAGCUACAACUAUGCCGACAGGGCGUACAAUGAUCUUUCCGUAACGCGAGGAAAAGGUUUCACCAAAGAGAAGAACAAGAAGAAGCGUGGCAGUUACCGAGGCGGCCAGAUCGACAUUAGCGGCGGCAAAGGCUUCAAGUUCGAGGACUGAAGUUUUCUAUUUUUUAUAGCACCCCAUGUUUUCCUUCUGAGCGUUCUUUUUCGCCGUCUGACCAAAGCAUGGAGUUGACGGGUCGGUUUGCGGGAGCAGUGACGAUAUGAUAGAGCUAGAACCGGGAAAUGGCCAGAACGCAGUUCAAAACGCCUGUCGCAGGUCACAAAAAGGACAACACAUACCUUAGACACCGACAUUGGACGAUGUCACAAUAUUUUCGUUCGACGGUAGAUAGGCAGA